CGCGCCGCGCUGCACAGCCGCCUCGCACGCCGACGCUCCGCGUGCCAAAGACGCGCACGCGCACGUCCCGCGCCCCACCCCGACACGUGCUCAGUGCCCAUGAUAACACCCUCAACAUGCAAGAGCAAAGUUCAUCACGAUCCAGCAAGACCACCCUCAACUCACUCGAAAGCGCCAUCAUCAAACUCAAAAACAACCUACAAAUACAAGAUACGAAGACAGAAAUGAACGGACUGCUCACUGCCGACCCGCCGUCACCGGACACGAAAUCUAACCCAAGUAAGAGUCCCACUUCAUCAUCAACUACAAACAUAAACUUAUCGAUUGCGUCAGCUGCGUUGCUGCAAGAAAACAUGCUGCAAAGAUCGCUGCAAGGUGUGGUUAUAUCGUUACAAAAUGCAAUGAUGAAUUCCUUGCAACAGGCCGCGCUGUUGCCAUCCAACUCCGCGGCGGCCGCGGCGUUGAAUUUGCAAGCAUUAGAAUCUUAUUUGACGUUACAACGCUUGACUUCUGUCUCAACUGUGAACACUACUAGCCAACCUAGCACCACCGAAAAUAGUUCUUCCUCAAAACAAGACAUACUAAGGAUAGCGACGGCAAGUGCAAAAAUAAGCGAAGUAGAUGCAACUGAUAGUACGUCCAGAGAAUUUUCGCCAAAAACGCCGGAGGAGUAUCCAUUAUCUGAUGCGAUAGCUGCUGAAGAUGUGGACCUGUCUGAAGAAGUUGAGGAAGAUUUGGCCUUAUUGGAUAAUGAAGAUGAAUUUACAUUAGAACAGCAUUUAGAAUCUACGUCAAAAGGCUACGGUUACAGCUCUCAGAAUUUAGAUAACGGGUAUCCGAGUUUAUUAAUGAAUGCAAUGUAUCAGCAGCAGAUGAAUGGGAGUCCGUCGCAAGCGCCGUUGUCACCGCAGGCAAAUUCCUCGAGUUCUAAGUCGACGAAUAGUUCAACGUCGUCGACCGGGAGUAGUAUAUCAAAUAAACAAAAAACAGCUGGCAGUGGCCCGAGGAUAAAGAAGCAAUUUAUCUGCAAGUUCUGUAACCGUCAGUUCACGAAGUCCUACAACCUGUUGAUACACGAGCGGACGCAUACGGACGAAAGGCCAUAUUCUUGCGAUAUCUGUGGAAAAGCUUUCCGACGGCAAGACCAUCUACGGGAUCACAGGUACAUCCACUCAAAGGAGAAGCCUUUCAAAUGCCUGGAAUGCGGUAAGGGUUUCUGUCAAUCGAGAACUCUUGCGGUACACAAGAUCCUUCACAUGGAAGAGUCUCCCCACAAGUGCCCCGUCUGCAGCAGAAGUUUCAACCAAAGGUCGAACUUGAAGACCCACCUCCUAACCCAUACAGACAUCAAGCCAUACAACUGUUCCUCUUGCGGAAAAGUUUUCAGGCGAAACUGUGACUUAAGACGUCAUAGCUUAACGCACAAUCUCGUUGGCAUGUCUUCAGUAAAUACUUCCCCAAGUGGGAGCAAUGGGAAGAGUCCAAAUUUCAACCCAAACUUCCCAAUUGAUAAUGUAGACACGGAAGACGAAAAUUAGGUGAGAUUAAAUAAAGUUUAGUGGCAACCGUUUGAAAAGACUGAUAAGCGAUUAUAAAUUGAUGCCCUUUAGUUUAAGAAGAGAUUAUGGGUCGUAAUUUAAUGCAAAUGUUUUGUUGUGUCCUAAUUCUCCUUUAGUGGCUAUAUUAACGUUUUAAAAACGUUCGUAUUCAUCAAAAUAUGAGAGCCGUAAUAUAUUUUGGUAAAAUAUUACAUUUUUGUUGAAUCUUGUGCCAUUGCUUUAGCUUCCUGGUUCAACAGGAUCCUUUACCUUAUCCAUGAUGUGCAAAAUGUAAAAUAUAAAAUUAUGCUUCUAAAAAACGUUUGCGUUUUGUUAGUGACACGUUUUUUUACUUUUAGGUUAAGACUUGCAAUACAACUCCAGAUUUUUUGGAUUCUCUACCUAGUAUUACUUAGGUUAAGAUAUUUCUGAAAUCUUGUACAUUUCUGAUCUCAUUUAUGUAAAUAUAAAUUAUGGCUAAGUCAAUUAAUAAACUGUCCGUCCACCAUGAAAUUUAGUGUUAAGCUUGUAAAAUAAAAAUGUAUUUUGUAAAAAUAUGAACUGUAUAGAAAAUUUAAUUGUCUUCCUAGUGUUUUGAUAAACAUAUUCUUGGAAGUGGUAUUGUUUAAUUGUGUAAUUAAAUAA